GGGGCACCGCAGCUGGCACCAGCAGGGAGCACGGCUGGGCAAGCCAGAGCUGGGCAGGAAAGCAGGGCAGGAAAGGACUUUUAUGGGGUUUUGGCUGCUCUCGGAGGCAGGAAGCUCGCUGGCAAACCAAGCGUCACCGGGCCGCUGCUCUUGGUGGGGGGACCCCCACGGGACCGCCAGGGCUUGGUUCCAGCCCCUCUCCUAAACAAGCUCACCUUGAGGAAAGAGAAAAACAAGAACUUUCCUGAUCCAGCAUGUCCCUCAAGCUGCCACGGAACUGGGAUUUCAACCUGAAGAUGGACGCUGCAAAAAUAGCCCGUUCCCGCAGUGUGAUGACCGCGGAUCCCGCGGCGCUCCCCCGGCCGGACAAGCUGGGCUGGCUGCGCAAGCAGCGCUCCAUCGUGAAGAACUGGCAGCUGCGCUUCUUCGUGCUCCGCGGGCAGCAGCUGCUCUACUACAAGGACGAGGACGAGGCCAAGCCGCAGGGCUGCCUGGCUCUCCAGGGGAGCUCCAUCAACGUGCUGGCCACCAACCCCGAGGAAGGAGGGAAGUUCAUUUUUGAGAUCAUCCCGGGGGCUCCUGGCGAGCAGCCGCGGGCGGGGCAGGAGCCCUGCGUGCUCAUGGCCAGCUCGCAGGCGGAGCUGGAGGAGUGGGUGAAAUCCCUGCGGAGGGCGCUGGGCUCGGCCUCGGGAGGGGUGUUCGGGCAGUGCCUGGCACACACCAUGGCCCAGGAGCAGAGGUUUGGGCAGCAGCUGGUGCCCAUGGUGGUGCAGAAGAGCGCCGAGUUCAUCCUGGAGCACGGCGUGGCCGAGGAGGGCAUCUUCCGCCUGCCCGGCCAGGACAGCCUGGUGCGGCAGCUGCGCGACGCCUUCGACGCCGGGGAGAGACCCUCCUUCAGCAGGGACACCGAUGUCCACACCGUGGCCUCCCUGCUCAAGCUGUACCUGCGGGAGCUGCCCGAGCCCGUGGUGCCCUGGCUGCAGUACGAGGAUUUCCUGCUCUGUGGGCAGGCUCUGGAGGCUGACGAGACAAAGGGCCACCAGGAGCUCCUGAAGCAGCUGUCCCUCCUCCCCAGAGACAACUACAACCUCCUGAGCUACAUCUGCAGGUUUCUCUACGAAAUCCAGCUGAACUCCAGCGUCAACAAGAUGAGUGUGGACAACCUGGCCACAGUGAUGGGGGUGAACCUGAUCAGGCCCAGGGUGGAGGACCCUGCAGUCAUCAUGAGAGGCACGCCCCAGGUGCAGAAGGUGAUGACAGUGAUGAUCAGCGACCACCAGAAGCUCUUCCCCCCCUCCAAGGACGAGCCUCCCUCCCCACCUGCCCCCAAAAACGAGAAGAAAGCUCCUGUCCCUCGCAGCUCCGUGGGCUGGGGGGCUGCAGAGGACCCCAGGGCCCCCACCCAAAGGCAGAUGGGCUCUGUUUUGCAGAGGGAUCACCCCAAUUUCAGCAGCAGCCCUUGCCCAGCUGCCACCUCGAGCGUGUCUGGGGAGGACUCAGAGCCCACAGCCACGCCGGGAACGUGGAAAACCCAGCCAAGGAAAAGAACCCAGACUUUACCCAGCAGGAAACCCUUCCUGGCAGCCCCCGGGGACAAGGGCAGGAGUGAUGUCCUCACCAGUGACUUCUGGAAGAGCGGCCCACGCCCCCUGGCCUGUGAGGGACACAAGAGAACCUUGUCCCACGAUCUCUUUAAGCUGCUGGACCUGCACAGGGCCGCGAGCUGCGACAGCAACGUGGCAGAGAGCGCGGAGGGCAGCGGCUCCAGCCCCAGCCCUGCCAGCAGCGCCUCCGAGAAGGAAUUCCUGCCCUGCUUCAGCCCCUGCCACGAGCCAAGGGAGCCUGGCAGCCCUGCUGAGGAGCCCAGAGCUGGGCAGGACAGCAGGGAGUCCCUGCAGGGCGUGAUCCACAAGCUGGAGAAGGAUUUGGAGGAGCAGAGGAGCGACUACGAGGGGCAGGUGGAAAGCCUCCAGAAGGAGAACUACGAGGUGUGGGCCAAGGUGGUGAGGCUGAACCAGGAGCUGGAGCAGGAGAGGAAGAGGAGUGAGGAGCUGGAGCUGAGGCUGAAGAACACGGAGCGCUCGCGGGAGGAGCUGGAGAGGAAAACCAGGAUGCUCGAGGAGGAGAUAAAAAACUUAACUAAAGCCACGAGUCAAACUGGUGCCAAAACCAACUAGGAGGAGACACCCAGCUUUUCACAGACACCAACUGCAGCUGCAGGAAUGCUCAGGAAUUGCAGGUUCAGAGCCAGGGACUUGUAUUGUCCAGGGUCCUGCUCCUCCCCACAGGCCAGGGGGGAGGAAGGAGAGCAGAGCUCAGAGCCUGGUUUGUGCUCUGAACCAGGAAAUGUCAGAAAUAUCCUUUAGCUUUUUUUGGGUGUGUUUAUUUCAACUCUUCUGUCAGCUGCUCAUGUUACCUGCAGAACAGGCCAGCACUUCCUGCUGCUCAGGCAGGAUUGCAGUCACAAGUUUGGGCUCUGGACCCAUUGUGCCUUCACAAGGAGGAACAGAAGUGUCCCUCCUCCAGCUGCCUGUCUGAGAUACCCAAGGAAAACAUCCUUGGAUCCCCACACUCACACCAGAGGUUCCACAGUGUCUGCCACCACUUCACAGCUGCCAUUCACCAGUCUUCCCUGUGAUUUCAGAUGACCUUGACAGAGCUGUUUUAGAGUUGAUUGAAUUUUUACCUCUGCAAGAAGCUCCUCACCAGUGUGAGCGUGAGUCCUUAGGGAGAAACUUCUCCGUGCAGCAUCGGGAACAUCUGGGCUGGAAAUGCCACACGCUCCUUUCUGCAAAGAUCAAAAGUGUGAAGAGGCCAGUCAUUCCUUCACAGCAGACUGGAAUGACGUGCAAAGGCUUGGCUGAGGCUCAGAAAUCCCAACCAUUAGGACAAGUGCAUUAUUUAAAAUAAACUGUGCAUUCCUGCGCUUCCGCUGCGAUAGGCAGAACAACCCCUGGCUGCAGGAUCAGAGGCACUCUUUGAAGAUAUUCCACCCAUUAACAUUUGCAGGGUUUGCAGAGGUCAUCUGGGACAGAGAGACUUCCCAACAGAGGUCAGGUGGGCUGGAGGUUCCUGAGAGCCUGGAGGGGAGAGAGCCACGGGCACCUUGAGCUGCUGCUGUGAGAUCAUGAGGAGUUCUUGUCUUUAAAAUGAGCUUUUUCCAGAGACAGAGAACCAUGAACUGCCCGUGCCAGACCUCUGAAACUGCUCCCUCUUCAUCCAUGAGGGGCUGGGUGUCCUCUCUGCUCAGCCCAGAGCCUGCUCUGGAUUUUCUGCACUUGCACACCUUCUGCUGGAGACCCCACACCGUGAAUCCCCAAAACCUGCCUGGUGCCCAGCCUGCAUUGCCUCCCUCCCUCUCUUUCUGCAGCCAGGCCAGGAAGCUCUUUGGGGUGGGAGCAGCAGAGACUCUCUCCUGUUCCUGGGGCAGGGGACAUUAUAAACUCACGGUUUUGGGGGUUUUGGG